CGUUUAUUAAAGAAUUUUUAUUGUAUUGGUAGAACGUUCAGUGCAAGUAACAGAAAAUAUGUUCUAGCACUUGUGAUCAAGCGACGAGGGAACAUAAUUAUUUUGGUAGGUAUCGUUGAAAGACGAAUCAGCAGCGCGAAGAUGCUGUGGUUGAUCGGCUUUACCGAAGAGCUGUUCAGCCUCAUAUUCAAACAGCCCGUGAAGAUGGAGCUGCAGACGAUUGAAAAUAAAGAGGAAAUCGUCUACAAAUACAUUUAG